AUGGGUGCAUAUAGAGCGGACGACGACUACGAUUACUUGUUCAAGGUGGUGCUGAUCGGCGAUUCGGGUGUCGGGAAAUCGAAUUUACUGUCGAGAUUCACUCGAAAUGAGUUCAGUCUCGAAUCCAAGUCGACCAUUGGCGUUGAGUUCGCCACUCGAAGCAUCCGGGUCGAUGAUAAAGUAGUCAAGGCUCAGAUUUGGGACACUGCCGGCCAAGAACGAUAUCGUGCAAUCACAAGUGCCUACUACCGAGGAGCUGUUGGUGCGUUGCUUGUAUAUGAUGUCACUCGUCAUGUUACAUUUGAAAAUGUUGAGAGAUGGUUGAGGGAACUCAGGGAUCAUACAGAUUCUAACAUUGUAAUCAUGCUUGUUGGAAAUAAGGCAGACUUGCGUCACUUGCGUGCUGUUCAAACCGAAGAUGCUAAGGCAUUUGCUGAAAGAGAAAAUGCCUUUUUCAUGGAAACCUCUGCUUUGGAGUCUAUGAAUGUAGAAAAUUCCUUCACAGAGGUGCUUACUCAGAUACAUCAAGUUGUCAGCAGGAAAGCUCUUGAGGCUAGUGAUGAUCCAGCUGCCUUACCUAAAGGGCAGACCAUUAAUGUUGGGUCUAAGGAUGAUGUUUCAGCAGUAAAGACAGGUGGUUGCUGCUCUUCUUAG